GUGUGUGAGCAGGCCGGUGACGACCUGGUGCCCUGCGAAGGUCAGUGUUUAGGGAUGUUUCACCUCCACUGUCUGGGUUCGUCCCUCAAACUCGACGACAAGCUGCAGUGCCAGGCGUGCAGCACAGGAGUUCACGCGUGCUUCAACUGCAAGCAGUCGGAUGGUAAAGUCCGCCGCUGUCACGUCCCGCACUGCGGCAAGUUUUACCACGAGGCCUGCGUCCGCCUGAACCCCCUGACGGUGUUCGACAACAGGGGCUUCCGCUGCCCGCUCCACGCCUGCCUCAGCUGCCACUACGGCUGCCGCACCAAGCAAAGGUCGACCAAGGGGAGGUUGAUGCGUUGCCUGCGCUGCCCGGUAGCGUAUCACGUCGGCGACCAGUGCGUGGCCGCGGGGAGCGAGAUGAUCACCAACACCGCCAUCAUCUGCACCAACCACUUCAACGCCAAGAAGGGCUACAGCCACCACAGUCACGUCAACGUCAGCUGGUGCUUCGUCUGCUCUAAAGGAGGCCAGCUGCUGUGCUGCGAGUCUUGCCCCGCGGCUUUCCACCCUGACUGCCUGAACAUCGCCAUGCCCGACGGGAGCUGGUUCUGCAACGACUGCCGAGCCGGGAAGAAGCCCAAGUACAGGGACAUCAUCUGGGUCAAACUGGGAACAUACAGAUGGUGGCCGGCAGAAAUCCACCACCCAAGAAGCAUUCCCACCAACAUCCAGCACCUUAAGCACGAGAUCGGAGAGUUCCCGGUGUUCUUCUUCGGCUCCAAGGAUUACUUCUGGACCCACCAGGGCCGAGUGUUUCCCUACAUGGAGGGCGACAGGGGCAGCAAGCAUCAGAGGACCGGCAUCGGCAAAGUCUUCAAGAACGCUCUGUUGGAGGCUGAAGCUCGAUUCAAGGAGAUGAAGUUGAAGCGAGAGGCCAAGGAAGCUCAAGAGAACAGCCGAAAACCGCCCCCGUAUAAAUUUAUCAAGGUCAACAAACCCUUCGGCAAGGUUCAGGUCUACACCGCCGACAUCUCCGAGAUCCCCAAGUGCAACUGCAAGCCGACCGACGAGAGGCCGUGCGGGUUCGAGUCCGAGUGCCUGAACCGCAUGCUGCAGUACGAGUGCCACCCUCAGGUGUGUCCCAGCGGGGAGCGCUGCUGCAACCAGGACUUCACCAAACGCCUCUACCCGGAGACCCAGAUCAUCAAGACGCCGGGCAAAGGCUGGGGUCUGAUCUCCCUGAGGGACAUCAAGAAGGGGGAGUUUGUGAACGAGUACAUCGGGGAGCUGAUCGACGAGGAGGAGUGCCGGGCGAGGAUCAAGUACGCCCACGAGAACAACAUCACCGACUUCUACAUGCUCACCAUCGACAAGGACCGAAUCAUCGACGCCGGUCCGAAAGGAAACUACUCUCGCUUCAUGAACCACAGCUGUCAGCCCAACUGUGAGACUCAGAAGUGGACGGUGAACGGCGACACUCGGGUCGGUCUGUUCGCCGUCUGUGACAUCCCGUCAGGGACCGAGUUAACCUUCAACUACAACCUGGACUGCCUCGGCAACGAGAAGACUGUCUGCCGCUGCGGAGCUCCGAACUGCAGCGGUUUUCUGGGAGAUCGACCGAAGAACUCCAACGGCCAUGCAGCCGAUCCAAAAGGAAAGAGGUUGAAGAGGAAAUACAAGAAGAGGAAAACUGAGGGGAAGAAGAAGUCCGAGGACGAGUGUUUCCGCUGCAGAGACGGAGGGCAGCUGGUGCUCUGUGAUAAGAAAACCUGCACCAAAGCUUAUCACCUGUCCUGCCUGAACCUCACCAAGAGACCCUUCGGCCGCUGGGACUGCCCCUGGCACCACUGUGACGUCUGCGGGAAGAACUCGGAGGCCUUCUGCCAGCUCUGCCCCAACUCCUUCUGCAAGGCCCACCAGGAGGGGGCGCUGCGUCCGUGGCCCGCCACCGGCCAGCUGUGCUGCAUGGAGCACGACGAGCUGGAGGGAGCCGACGGCCCGGCGCAAGACGCCGCCGGCUCGGAGACCAACGCUGCCGCCGCCGUCGCUAACACCGGCCUCCCCGCUAAAGGCUCCAGGAAGGCGGACGGAGCCGAGGCCAAAACGAAGGGCUCCAAGAGGAAAGCAGCCGAGGCCUGAAGUGACCUUUCAGGGCGCCAACAGACCAAACCAAGACUCUCACAUCCUUCUUCUUUUUUUUUUUUUUUUUUUUUACCCUCCCCUCCCUCCGUCGUGUUUCAGAAUCACAGGAACCAAGGCACUGUACAUCUUCGUCAUCAGGGAACGCCGCUGAUCUCUCACGUGCUCGGCCUUCAGCUAGCCGCUCGUUCUUUGUUAUUAUUAUUAUUAUCAUCGUUUUCAGGUUUUUAUUUGUUGUUUUUCUGUUUGUCUGCACUGAGUCGAACCAUCUGUGGUAAAGCACAAACGAGCAGGUCAGGACACCUACUUCAGCUACUGGAUUCACUCUUCCACCAACCAAACUGCCUUGUUUUUGUUUGUUGUUGUUGUUGUUUGUGUCGUUUUAUUAGAAAAACAAAAGAAACCCGACAAAAUCCAGCCUGAAGUUAGACUGGCCGUCUGCUAACUUGAAUCUCAGUCGCCCUCCCCUCCUUCACUCAACACGGAUUACCUUGAACAGCAGAGUUUUAUCGCUAUAUCUAUAUAUGUGUAUAUCAAAGACCAAAAUUAUUAUGACUGGAGUUGGUGUACGGCGUCAAACAGGUUGCCAAAUGGAUGGUUUUUAUUUUUAUAUAUAUAGUAUAUAUAUGCCAGAUUUCCUAUCAAACGAGACACUAUGGGUAGGCUUCAGUAGCCGUAGAUCGUUUAACUGUAGAUGCUAUUUUACAACCUGUUAUCUUGUUUUAGCUCAGCUUUUUUUUUUUUUCGUUUAUUUUUUUCUCUCAAAGAUGCUGCAAGUCACGUCCAGAGAACGAGGGGUUAAACCGCCGCUAAGAAACAAACACUACCGGGAGGUUUUCGACGCUCUCCGUUUGAUGAUUUAACAAAAAAAAAUUUAAAAAAUGAAGGAAUGAGAGCGAGACUUGUGUUUCACAGCCGAGUCCUUUUGGUGCUUUUUUUUGUUUUUUUUAGUAUUUGAAAAUCUGAGGUACAAAGUUUGUUUUUUUUAGGUAUAAAUACUCCCGUGAUGCUGUCUGGAACCUGAACGCUGGACUUUUUAUCGACCCUCGGUGUUAUUUUUUUAAUCCUCAGGAGGCUUCAAAGUCCGAUUAUCGUCGGACGCUUUAACGCUGGCCGACACCUCGUAACUCAGUUUAUCGUCUGUCGAGGGGAUUGCGCGGCGCGGUGGGGAUGUUAGGACUCACAUCUCAGCUGUGAAACCCUGUUUUCUGUCCACACCGGCUCCCUACAACACGCUCAUGCUUCAAAACUGACAUUCAGGUCUUUAUUAUCACUGCAGAAAGCUCCACUACUCGCUAAAAGCCUCAUUAAACCUAAACGGAUGUAAGAGCUGAAAAUGGUGACGUUAAGUGAAAGUCUUUGGCGUUAGGACCACUGAGAACAUAAUUAACAGCAGCCUGGAUGUUUUUAGCCAUCAGGGGAACAACUCAGGCUUUCAGAAAUCCACAUCGUUUUCACCUCAACCUCAUUUCUAUCAUUUUUAAGUCAAAAUCUUAAGUGAGUGCCGGUGCUGCUCGACUCCUAGCUGAAUUUAAAGCGUCCAAAAUAACGAUUUUAUUUCCCACGACGCCUUAAAUCUGCUCAUUAUGUCGGCAAAUCAGGAUUUCUACGCCUUCUCUGAUUAGUUUCUGUUGAAUUUUUGAGCUCUAAACGAGUGAAAAUCGUCUUAUUUUACCAGAAAAGGCAAGAAAAAUCCACUUUUAUCCACCUCAACCACACUCGGUCAUCAUCAUGCUGAUUUAAAAAGUGCUUCGAGACGUUCUGAAGAUUCAAUCAGCUGUUCUGGGAGGUUUUCGUUGGUGCUCGUGUUUGACCUUUAAUCUCCAAAAACAUCCCCAGAAAAGGAAAAAAAACCCCACAUUAGACUUGUACAGACGCAACAGGAGGCUGUUUUUGUUUUGUUUUUUAACGUACCUGCACUUUUUUUUUGUUCUUUUUUUUGUCCCACCUGUGAAAGUGCAGCGAGUGUCGUACGAGUGUCCUCCUCCUCCUCCUCCUCCUCCUCCUGCGUACCGACCGUCAUCCUAACCCUGAUUCUUGUGUUGAGUGAAUGUAGUCCAGCCAGUCGUCGUUUUCUUUUCCUAAGCACUGUAAUUCCCUGUAGAGCUGAGGCGUAACGUGGCGUUAGAGGGUUUCACUCUGUAACUACUGUCAUAGCGAACCAGAGACUAAUAUGUACAUAAUGUAUAAGUGGUCAUAGUGAUGCAUCUAUUGUAAAUAUCAUACAAUCUCUCCACGUUGUAUGUUUUUUUUUGUUGUUUUUUUUUCCUCCCCUGAUGCAGUGCUGAAACACUUUUGUGCAGGAUCUCACGUCAGUUGAAUCGUGCAAUAAAAAAAAGUGGUCAAACGUUCA